ACUCUCUCUUUCUCUCUCUUCCUCACUCUCACUCUACAAUCCUUAAUCUUCUUCUUCCUUCUCCUUCACUCACCUGUUCUCUCUCUCUCUCUCGCUCUCUCUCUCUCAACCCACAUUUGGAAAGAGAGAGAAAACAUAUCACACAGCACAGCACAAUGUGCAACCUCUUCUUCACCAUCACACUGUUCGUCCUCUUUGCCACAGCCAAAGGAUCAACCACCAACAACAGAAGAAUCCUCCACCAACCCUUUAUCCAACAGGGUACUCUCCCUCCCUCACAGCCACCAAAUCCACCACCACCUUCCCCUUCUCCAUCACCACCAAACCCGAAGUACCCAUUUUCAUCAACAACACCCCCUAAUGAUUCUUCAAAACCCUUCUUCCCCACAUACCCAUCACCACCACCGCCUCCUUCUCCUUCAGCCUUUGCUUCUUUCCCCGCCAAUAUCUCCUCUCUUAUCCUCCCUCAAACCCCCAAAUCCAAAUCCAGCUCCGGCAAGCUUCUCGCCGUCGCCAUUGCCGCCGUUUCCUGCGCCCUCCUAGUCGUCGCCGUCUCCGCCUUCGUUUACUGCCGCCGGAGACGCAAAAGCUACUCUGCUGACGAGAAGACCCUCAGAUCCGACAGUAGUAUCCGCCUCUUCCCUCGUGAAGCCACCGCCGGCGCCGGUGGACGAAAAACCAGGAAUACAUCUUCCACGAGCUCUGAGUUUCUCUACCUUGGCACCAUUGUUAACUCCCGCAGUGGCGUCGACGAUCUCUCCGACCCACGCGCCGGAGCCGCCAUGAAUCCUCGGAAAAUGGACUCGCCGGAGCUUCAGCCGCUUCCGCCGCUGGCACGACAAGCUUCGAGGCUCCGUGAUGAGGUGACGGCGAUGGCGGAGGAGGAGGAGGAAGAGUUUUACUCGCCGAGAGGGUCUUUGAACGGCCGGGAAGGCUCCAUCGGAACUGGAUCGUGUUCCCGGCGAGUGUUCUCCACCAUUGCCGGAGAGAACUUCGUGGGUCGUAGCAGUAGUGAAUCAACCUCUUCUUCGUACUCAUCUUCCUCUUCUGCUUCGCCGGAUUGCUCUCAUUCCAUUUCUCUUUCGCCGCCGGUGAGCAUAAGCCCCAGAAGAUCACAACCCAAGUCGCCGGAAAAUGCAGUAACCCACCAUUCUCCUCCGCCGCCUCCACCGGCGCAACCCCUCGACAGUAGAAGCACACUCUCCUCAUCUACAUUCUCAUCACCGCGACUUGCGUCACCGGUUUUCAACCAGCACGUUCAGUCUUCUUCAAUGUCUUCGACGCCGGAGAGAAGGGAGUGUCAGUCACCGUCGCUGUCACCGCUCGCGCUGUCACCAAAGAAAAACCCAGAUGGGUCACUGACACUUUCAAGCGUUGCACUUGAAAAGUCACAAUCUUUUCGAUCAUCUGUGAAAGAAAAUGAUGAUGGGUCGCCGAGACUUUCGAACGCUUCUUCGUGUGGCAAGUCUGUGACUUCGUCUUCGGCGUUUUCUCUGCCGUCGCCGGAGAAAGCGAUGAACUUGCAUCAUGGGUUGGAUCAGUCUCCGACUAUUUCAGAUGUUUCAGAUCGGGAUAGGCAUUCUCCUCUUUCAUCGCCGGAGAGAGAAUUAAAUACCCAACCAACACCUGCUCGGAAGCAUUGGGAGAUUCCGGAUUUGUUAACACCCAUUGGUGAAUCAUCCCCAACUGUUUCAGCUCCACCGAUGUUGUCACAGAGAAAACAGUGGGAAAUUCCGGUUCUUCCAACACCCAUUGCACCAUCUCCUAGUGUUUUAGCCCCUCCACCGCCGCCACCACCACCUCCGCCAGUGCCACGGCAGCGGAAACAGUGGGAAGUGCCGUCGCCCGCGACACCAGUGGAUCAACCCGUUUCGAGGCUGCCAGUGUUGACACCUCCUUCAAGGCCUUUUGUGUUGCAAACCCCAGAUGCCAAGGUUUCUCCUGUUGAGUUGCCACCUGCAAGUUCUUUGCGGGUGGUUGAGGAGAACUCUGAGGAGAGUUCUAAACCAAAGUUGAAGCCUUUGCACUGGGACAAAGUGAGGGCUAGCUCUGAUCGUGAAAUGGUGUGGGAUCAGUUGAGGUCAAGCUCUUUUAAGUUGAAUGAGGAGAUGAUCGAGACCUUGUUUGUAGUGAACACACCAAACCCAAAGCCCAAGGAUACUACUCCACGAUCAGUUCUCGCCCCGCAAAAUCAGGAGGAUAGGGUAUUGGAUCCUAAAAAGUCACAAAACAUUGCUAUCUUGCUAAGAGCGCUUAAUGUGACUAUAGAAGAAGUGUGUGAAGCACUGUUAGAAGGUGUUACUGAUACCCUUGGAACUGAACUACUUGAAAGCUUGUUAAAAAUGGCACCUAGCAAGGAAGAAGAACGUAAAUUGAAGGAACAUAAAGAUGAUUCUCCAGCCAAGCUUGGUCCUGCCGAGAAAUUUUUGAAGGCAGUGCUUGAUGUUCCUUUCGCAUUUAAAAGGGUGGAAGCAAUGCUUUACAUAGCCAAUUUUGAGUCGGAAGUGGAGUAUCUUAGAAAAUCCUUUCAAACUUUGGAGGCUGCCUGUGAAGAGCUGCGAAACAGUAGAAUGUUCUUGAAGCUCCUAGAGGCUGUGCUUAAAACUGGGAACCGCAUGAAUGUGGGGACAAACCGUGGUGACGCACAUGCAUUCAAGCUUGAUACACUUCUCAAGCUGGUUGAUGUCAAAGGUGCAGACGGGAAAACCACUCUACUACACUUCGUCGUCCAGGAAAUUAUCAGAACUGAAGGCGCACGUCUCUCAGGCACCAACCAAACUCCAAGCACAAAUCUCAACGAAGAUGCCAAGUGUAGACGGCUCGGCCUGCAAGUUGUAUCUAGCUUGAGUUCAGAGCUAGCAAAUGUGAAGAAGGCCGCAGCUAUGGAUUCUGAAGUCCUCAGCAGUGAGGUGUCAAAACUUUCCAAAGGACUCACCCACAUAGGAGAGGUUGUGAAGUUAAAUGAAACAUCAGGAUCAGAUGAAAGCAGUGAGAAAUUCAAAGAGUCAAUGAACAAGUUCAUGAGAAUGGCUGAAGAGGAGAUUCUAAAAGUUCAAGCCCAAGAAAGUGUUGCCUUAUCCCUUGUGAAGGAGAUCACAGAAUAUUUUCAUGGGAACUUGUCAAAGGAAGAAGCUCAUCCAUUUAGAAUCUUUAUGGUAGUAAGAGACUUCUUAACAGUUCUUGAUAGAGUGUGCAAAGAAGUUGGUAUGAUAAAUGAGAGAACAAUGGUUAGUUCUGCACAUAGAUUCCCUGUACCAGUGAAUCCAAUGCUUCCACAACCUCUUCCUGGACUACAUGGAAGGAGACAAUACAAUUCCUCAGACGAUGACACUUCAUCACCUUAGCCUAUGCUAUGUAUCACACAACUUGGCUGCAUCUUCUUGUGUUAUGAACAACCUGGAACCAGGUGAUUUUGACGGGUCUUGGGGUGCAUGUAUGUUUCUGGCCCAAGUGAUUUUUUUUUUCUUGUUAAAUUGUAAAAAUCCCUGUAAAAGAUUUGAGUUAUAUAUAUAAUAGAUUAUAUAUAGAGUAGAAGAUUUUCUUUGGGAAAAAUAAGCUUUGCCUGUAUGAAUAGGAUAUUUAAUUUAAGGUUAUCAUAUGUACAAAGCUAUUCAAUUGGAGAUUGCACCUGCUUGCAAAAUCCUCUAUAUAAGACACUAAUUCAUGAAACCAUUCUGGGAUCUCAAUCUACUCCUUUCUAAGGGUUGGGCCAGUUAAGUAAGCUGAAUUC